AUGGCGUGCGAUUACAACUUCACUGAUCCUGAUGACUGUUCAAACUGCAGCAACAUCUCAGAUGUGAUGACGUGUGAUGACGACUGGUGUGGGCCUGAUGAGCAACAGGAGGCCAUCAUCAAAAUCUUCCAGACAUGUAUUUUCUGUGUGAUCUUCUUGCUGGGCGUAGUGGGAAACGGCCUAGUGAUCGCCACCUUUGGUCUGUACGGUCGCCUCCAUCUUCGCUCCUCAACUGAUGUCUUCCUGUUCCACCUGGCUCUGGCUGACUUCCUCCUGCUCUUUACACUGCCGUUGCAGGCUGUCGACACUCACCUGGGCUGGAUCUUUUAUGUUCCUCUCUGCAAAGCUACACGUGCAAGCUAUGCCAUCAACACAUACAGCGGGUUGCUGCUGCUGGCCUGCAUCAGCGUUGACCGCUACAUGAUGGUGGCCCGGGCCCAAGAGAUGAUGCGGCUGCGCAGUCAGACAUUAAGAGCUGGGAAAGUGGCUGCUGUAGGUGUAUGGCUGUUUGCAUUUCUCCUUAGCCUACCUGAAAUCCUCUUCUCUGGAGUGUCAGUGUCCCCUAGUGGAGCAUAUUGUGGCAUGCAAAAGAGAGGGGAGGUCAAGAUGGCAACCAACGGAGCCAUCAUUGGCGUCUUCUGCCUGUCCCUUCUCAUUAUGGUGAUCUGUUAUACUAUGAUCGCUCAGGUUCUAUUGGAAGGACAUGCACACCGCAGAGGGAAACAGUGGCGUCAGCAGCGUACCGUAAAGCUGAUGGUGGCUCUGGUGUUGGUGUUUCUGGCAUUCCAGCUGCCUUACACGGUGGUGCUGUCUCGCAAAAUAAUGGGAGAGUUCUGUGGUCUGUUGUUGGAAUACAUCACCUGCACUCUGGCGUACACUCGCUGUUGCCUAAACCCCAUCCUGUAUGCCCUGGUUGGUGUGCGCUUCCGGAAGGACGUGCUGCAGCUCUUCCAUGACUCAGGCUGCGCAUGUAGGCGCCAGCUGGGGCCACUGAGAUCCACCUCCACCUGCCAGUCCUCACCGGCUCUCACAGUGCUCUCAGCUAGCUCUCCAACAUCUCCAGAAUGUGUCUGCUCCAGCCAUGACCCAGUGCCUUCCACCAAGUUUUGCUUUCCAGAAAGCAAAUAAAGGCCAAUGAUUGGAUGAGGAGCUGUGUGGCUGUGUAUUCAGUUUUGUUGCCUUCAACAGGAUAUACAGUCAUCAAAAUGAAAACAAAAAAAGGCAAAUGAUCAAGGCUCAAUAUUUAGGUGUCAUCCCCGCAUACUAUCCGUAUGAUAGUGUCUGUUCAGUACUGCUUAGACAGCUGCCACAAAAAGUCAGACUGAAGCAAAAGAAGUACCUGUUCUAAUUUGACUUAUUUGAUUUCUAUUCCCAGAGUCUGAACUAAACACAGAGAAUCAAAGUCUCUCCCAGAAAU